AUGGCUGGACAAAACAAUAACUCUAUCAAAGAUGCCGUUGUACGACAAGUGGAAUACUACUUUGGAGAUAUCAACCUUCCCAGAGACAAGUUCUUGCAAGAAGAGAUGAAAAAAGAUGAAGGAUGUAAGUUGUUACCUAUUUUGAAAUUACUCUUUUCUAGGGAUUCCUGUUGACACUAUGCUGAAGUUCAAUCGUUUGGCCAAGAUUACCACUGAUGUUGAUGUACUUUCUGACUCUUUGAAAGAUUCACACCUCAUUGAAGUCUCCGAGGACAGGAAACAAAUCAGACGGAAUCCUGAAGUUCCACUUCCAGACAAUACACUCGAGUAUUGGCAGGAAAUCAAGAGAAGAACUGUUUACGUGGUAUGUAAAUUUAUUUUACGAAGGAACUAAAGGUUUUUAGAGGAUAUAAUUGUAGUUUUAUUUUUAGGUACAUAUUGUAAAUUAUUUUUGUGUUAUUUCAGAAAGGCUUCCCCCAAGACACUACAUUAGAUGAAAUUCAAGCCUUUGUUAACCCUCACGGUGAUGUGAAGAACAUCUUGAUGAGACGUUUGAAGAAGGAAAAGACUUUCAAAGGCUCAGUCUUUGUUACCUUUGUCGACAGAGAAACCGCUGAAAAGUUUGCAAAAGAUGAAAAUUCCAAAACUUUCAAGGAUAUUGAGUUGAUCAAAUUAAUGCAAGAUGAUUACUGGGCUCAAAAGACUGCUGAAACCAAACAGAGACGCCAAGCUGAAAAGGAUUUGAAGAAACAGAAGCAAGCGGAGCAGAAGUCCGAGAAGGAAAAGAAUGCUUUGGCUUCAUCAUUCGUUAAAGGAGCUGUCCUUGAGGUAUCUGGUUUGGGUGACGAGAAAUUCAAGUACGAUGAUAUUAAGGCUUUCUUCAACAAAUUCGGCCCUGUAGCCUUUGUUGCCUACGAAGCUGGAAAUGAUAAGGUGAGUAAGCAUUUGUUAUGUAAUUCAUAUCGAUUUAGGCUCAAAUUCGCUUUGACACUAAAGAGGAGGGCGUCGCUGAAGCUUCAUGGAAGAAGGCCCAAGGAGAAGAUGGAAAGGUCGUGUUCCAAGAGAAAGAACUCAGCGGCAACGUCCUCACCGGGGAAGCCGAAGAAGCAUACUGGACCGAAUUCACCAAGAGUAAAGUUGCCAAAAACGACAGGUCGCACAAAAAGUUUGGCCGAGGACGUGGUGAAAAACGACGUCGAAACGAAGGAGAUGGUGAAGUUAAGGAGGUUAAAAAGGCCAAACACAUAGUCUUCAAUGAUGAUGGAGAUAAGGUCGAGCAAGAAAAUUGA